AGCACUGUCCGUGGUGCUGAAGUUGGAGAGUUCCUGUUUACAGGGGAUACAUUUGUCUAUAGGGAACGCUGCUGUGUUUUCUGUAGGAACGUUAGGUGAUGCUCUAUCUUUAGUGAGCACACACGUAUUGUUGUAGAUUGGAUGGUCCUCUUUCUUUUAGAUAGGCGCAUGAGAGUGGGAGGCGUACCAUAUUUCCAGCAUAAUCUAAACUUAUGAUUGUGCAACGGAAACGGGAUGCGUUGGCUUCACGUCGGACAGAUAUCACACGGCGUAAAGUUGGCAUCUUGGAAAAUUUUGCUUUUAUCGGUCGUGGUCGCCCGCUGGAUAUACGCUACGGAAUCGAAAGGCGUUUUCCCAUACACCUGCGGUAUUUGGAAGUUGAUUGAAAUGCCACUCAACACGGCGAGUGACUUGUGAACAUUACGGACAAGAGAGGAAGUACAGUUUUUUCGUGUCAUUUCUCAGCCAUAUGAAAGAUCGGUGACGAUUUAUCCUUCUAUGAUAUCUACAUGAUCAAUAUGACUCAUAUAAAUAUGUAUAUUGGGAACACCUCGCAUGUGCCUCUUCCUAAACAUCGAGGGAGAAAAAGGCUUGAUGUUUAAUUUUUCUUUGUACAGAAACUACGAAAGGAUCGUUUCUGAGUCGGAUGACAUAUGCCUUUGUCUGGAAAUGGUGCCAUAAAGAGUUUAAAAUCGUUAUUGUGCGAGGUGGGCUUGCUUGAAAUCGACUCAACAAAGUGGAACCAGAUAUUCAACGCGGACUGCCGCGGCGAAGGAUGGGCCCUCUUUUUCCCACGACUUGCGUCGUCCUCUUCGCCCUGAACGCCGCUGCCAUCCCAGCCUCCAUCAGUCCCGAGGACUACGCCGCCGACGAGGCCGAGCGAACGAUCAACAACGAGAUCUUUGAUGACUACAGGGGGAAAGGCUGCGUGGAUGACAGUGGGUUUGUGUACAAACUCGGAGAGCGUUUCUUCCCAGGGCACUCGAACUGUCCGUGCGUGUGUACAGAGGAUGGACCAGUUUGUGAUCAACCAGAAUGUCCCAAGAUACACCCCAAGUGCACUAAGGUGGAACACAACGGAUGUUGCCCAGAAUGCAAGGAGGUCAAACACUUUUGUGAAUACCGUGGGAAGACUUACAAAAUCCUUGAGGAGUUUAAGCCCUCGCCAUGUGAGUGGUGUCGCUGUGAACCAAAUAAUGAGGUGCACUGUGUGGUGGCUGAUUGUGCCGUGCCUGAGUGCGUCAAUCCCGUCUAUGAGCCGGAGCAGUGCUGCCCCAUCUGUAAAAACGGUCCAAAUUGCUUUGCCGGAACAACGAUCAUCCCAGCCGGCAUCGAAGUGAAGGUGGAUGACUGCACCAUCUGCCGCUGCCACAGUGGGGACUGGUGGAAGCCCGCGCAGUGCCUGCGCCGUGAGUGCCUCAACGGCCAGUCGUAGACACUCGCCCAGGACCACAGGGGGAGAAGACGGACCGACGGACCGACGGACCGACGCACUGGCGGAGGGAGAGAGGAAGCGGAUCGCAAGGCAGCUCCAUCAGAACAAGGGACACGCUCUCCUUGCAAAAGACUUGAUGGACUGACUGGCAGGAGCACAAAAAUUCUUGUCUACACACAGAUUGCUGAAUGAGCUGAAACUGACACAUGCACGCACAUGCACGCACACACACACACACACACACACACACACACACACACACACACGCACACACACACACAC